CGCCCAUUGCCUUUUGCACCCCCAACUGCCGCACCCCAUGAUCGCGAACAUCAAUCCAUUCCACACAUCCACUUCUCACUUACAACACUUGUAGCCAGAGCAACCAGAGGCAUCAUAAACUCCCACAUUUUUCAUUACAUUGCGCCUGCCUAGUGUUGUCCGAAACAUUCAGGUCUGGUCCUCUCUUUGAACUCAGACUGCCUGAGUUCAUCCCAAGUCUUUCACCUCACCUUAUCUUCAAUCGCCUCACCUCAUCCGUAUCACCCAUCCACUCUCAGCGUCAAAACAAAGGCACGCACUUGCCACCCCGAGCAGAAUUGCAUGCACAAAUUGGAGCAUCAAAAGGAAACUGAAUAGGAAGCAACGACACAUCGAAUACCAUACCACCGGGCUGCUUGCCUACCCCUUCCGAUACAAUGGCGACCGCCUUCGCAGUAUCAACACCUUCACCUCCCCCUACCAUCCGAACUCCACCCACACCCAAGCACGGCUGGAGCGACAACUGGGAACCCUACUCUCCUCGCAAGUCAGCGCGUAUUUCGUCUCGUCGAGCUGCCAACCGAACUCCCUCCCCCCAACCGCCAUCCCACCGCACUCCUCCACGAUCAACCCGCAAACCCAUCGCACCUUCCAUCGCCGCCGCCAUCAUGUCGCCGGCUUCUACCCCCCAGAAAAAGCGCCAACCCGCUCAAGAUUCCGUCCAAAGAGCUUCUGGAUUUAUGUCCGCCGCCAACACUUCUCACGCCGCUUCGUCGCUUGGAACUGACGGAACGAGUCAUCAACCCCACAACACUUCCGUCACCCGUCGAUCCGGUAUGCUGCCCACGCCGGCUAAGACGCCUAAGAAGGCGCCCUCGGAGAAGCAGAGCGCCCUGAUCAAGUCGGUGGCGCGCAACCUGUUCCCGGCCGAAGAGGAGGGACUGGCUACCCCGAAGAGAAAGAGAACCCCGAAGAAGUAUUCCGGCAGUUCGUUGGAGAGCGUCACAGCCACGGAAGUCGAACAGCAGAUCGAGAUUUUUACCGACUCGCAAGACCGCAUCCCCGAGGCUGACGAGAGCGUCGACAAUCCAUUCUACGGCGAUAGCGCCGUCGUCGAUCGCGAGCCCCCCGGUCGCCGCAGCAAGCGCAGGGUCGCGGUUCCCGGCGAAGUCCCCCAAGCUGUAGACAAAGCGCUCCAGCGUGAGGACGGCAUGGUCUAUGUCUUCCGAGGAAAGAAGAUCUUCCGCAAGUUCGCUGAGCCCGAGGACGAAGAUGAGGAGGACGACGCUGAGAGCAGCUCGAGCGAAUCUCGCAUCCGCAGGCCCCUCACGCGCUCUUCCAUCAAGCCCCGCUUGCUGUUUCCCGUUGCACCCAAGACGUCUGCUAUCAGCUCCACCCUUGAGGAAGAGGAGGCCGUCACCGACAUCGAAGAUCAUCACCUUGAGGAGGAAGAUGAUGAAGAGGAAACUCCAGAGACCCCGGCAGAGUACCAGGAUGAAUGCCCCUCGACCCCGCAAGCACCCAAGUUCGGCCGGACAGUUGCCACACCCCCCGACACCAGACGCACCACCCGAUCUGGUCUGAAGUCGGAGGAGGCGACCCCGAUCAAGCGCAGGGGCCGACAGAGUCCGUUCGAUGGCUGGCCACGGGUCAAGAGCCGUCAUGAGAGUUCAGCUCCCAAACGCGCCGGAGGUGAUGACCUGCCAGCUCCUGCCUCGAAACGUACUCGUGGCUGAUGCUGUGGAGUGAGUUAGUUAUGAGCAUCCUUCUUUAAAUAUCCAGGCAAUUGGGGUCCGGAUCAUUAGUUCUUCAAGCAUGGGCUACGGGAGGAGGACAGUCAAUUCUUUUGAUAGGCUUUUGUGUAAUGGUUAGUUUAUUUUCAUGGGCAGGGGACACGAUGGUAGCUGGGGGGUUACUUAAGAUGUCUCCAGCUGAAACCCCAACUUUCACCAUGGUAGACUUGUUUAUCUCCAUGGAUAACGGGGGAAAACGCUUAUGAAGCGCGCAGACUGGGACCAGGCAUUGGCGUUGGUCAAGCUGUAUGAAAGGCUGGCUUUACGUGUAGUAAGAGCGCCGUGUACAGCUCUUCUCUUUGGGGUCUCCAGUCUAGGAUAGGUAUAAAGAACUAUUUGUAAACGCCAC